AUGAAGCCUUUUACUGCAUAUCCUUCUGGGUUUAUCAUAUUCCUGUUUGCCUUGCUGCAGAGGAGCCAUGGACAAUGCAAAGAAGCAGCUAAAAAAUCGGAGAUGAAUUUGAGUGUAAAAUAUGAUCUUCCUAACUUCGUUGCAGAAACACCGAUUCAGAAUGUAGUUUUGUACAAGCAUCAUGUUUAUAUUGGAGCAGUCAACAAGAUCUACGUACUAAAUGAAACUCUCCAGAACAUUUCUGUGUACAAGACUGGGCCCAUUUUGGAGAACCCUGACUGUGCGCCAUGUGAAGACUGCAAGGAUAAAGCCAAUUUAUCUAACAGUGUAUGGAGGGAUAAUGUCAACAUGGCACUACUCUUAGAAACUUAUUACGAUGACCAGCUCAUCAGCUGCGGUAGUGUGUCCGGAGGCAUCUGCCACCGUCACAUCAUUCACCCUGACAACCCCGCUGACAUCGAAAGCGAGGUGCACUGCAUGUAUUCACCCCGGACGGACGGGGAGACAGAUAAUUGUCCUGACUGUGUUGUAAGCACUUUAGGAACCAAAGUUUUGGUGACCGAAAAGGACAGGUUUGUCAACUUCUUUGUUGGAAAUACUGUGACCUCUACAUUUCAACCUCCCCAUGUGCUGCACUCAAUAUCGGUUCGAAGGUUAAAAGAAACACAGGAUGGUUUUGAAUUUCUCACAGAUCAGUCUUAUAUAGAUAUCCUCCCUCAGUUCCGCAGCUCGUAUCCCAUUAGGUAUGUCCAUGCCUUUGAAAACGAUCACUUUGUCUAUUUUCUGACUGUCCAGAGAGAAUCUCUCGACUCCCAAGCUUUUCACACGAGAAUUAUCCGCUUCUGCACUUUAGACUCAGAGAUGCGUUCUUACAUGGAAAUGCCACUUGAGUGUAUUUUUACCGAAAAGCGGAGAAAGAGAUCCAUCCGAAAGGAGGUAUUCAACAUUUUGCAAGCUGCCUACGUAAGCAAGCCAGGUGCAGCUCUAGCCCACGAAAUGGGCCUUGGGUUGAACGAUGAUAUUCUCUAUGGUGUUUUUGCACAAAGCAAACCAGACUCUUCCGAACCAACCAACAGAUCUGCUGUCUGCGCCGUCUCCGUGCGAACCAUCAACGAGUUCUUCAACAAGAUCGUCGACAAGCAGAACAUGAAAUGUCUCCAGCACUUUUACGGGAAAGAGAGCAAAUACUGCUUGAACAGGGCUUUUUCAAGAAAUGCUUCGUACUGCAGAGCACAAGAUGAUGAAUAUCGCUUAGAAGUUACGACUCCUUUGCAGAGGGUUGACUUGUUCAUGGGCCAAUUCAACAGUGUCCUGUUAACUUCGAUAUCUGUCUUCACCAAAGGGAACCUUACUGUCGCUAAUCUGGGAACUUCGGAGGGCCGCUUCAUGCAGAUAGUGGUUUCCCGUUCAGAACUCACAGCUCCACAUGUCAGCUUUCAGCUAGACUCCCACCCCGUCUCUCCCCAAGUUGUUGUCGAGAAUUCAUUAGCAGAUGAUGGCUAUACCCUGGUAGUGACUGGGAAAAAGAUAACGAGGAUCCCGCUGAAGGGGCCGGGCUGCCAUCACUUCAGGUCCUGCAGCCGGUGCCUGCUGGCCCCUCCUUUCAUGGAGUGCGGCUGGUGCAGCCAGCAGUGCCUCAGGUCUCCCGAGUGCCCCGGCGGCACCUGGACCCAGGAGACCUGCUUGCCUAGGGUUUAUGAGAUUCUCCCGAGCAGUGCUCCCUUAGAGGGCGGGACAAAACUGACACUGUGUGGAUGGGACUUUGGAUUCAGCAAAAAUAGUAGAUUUGAAUUAAAAAAUACAGUAAUCCAUAUCGGAGGACAAAUUUGUGCUCUGGAAGCAAAAUCUAGCAACAAAAACAAGCUGGAAUGCACAGUUCCUGCUGCAAAAAAUCCAAGUUUUAAUAUAUCCAGUAGUGUUUCUGUUGGGCAUGGCAAAACACUAUUCAAUACAUUUUCGUACGUGAAUCCUGUAAUAACAAGUAUCUCUCCCACCUAUGGCCCCAAAUCUGGAGGAACAUUGCUAACUGUAGCUGGAAAAUACCUAAACAGUGGAAAAUCCAGAAGUAUUUUUGUUGGUGAGAAACCAUGCACCUUGAAAAGAGUAUCAGUGAGCACUGCGGAGUGCUACACUCCAGCACAACGAAUUCCCCAGGAAUACCGUGUGAGGGUGGGAAUUGACGAAGCUAUUCGAGAUGCGAGCGGUCAUUUCACAUACAGAGAAGACCCUGUUGUUUUAAAAAUUCAUCCAGCCAAAUCUUUUCUUAGCAGAUGUAUCAUAAUCCUACUCAUCUUCUUUUCUUUUUUUUUUUUUUCUCCAAUUUUUCCUAGUGGUGGAAGUACAAUCACAGCUCAGGGAAUCAACUUGAACUCAGUGUGCUUUCCUCAGAUGGUGAUUACUGUACCUAAACUGGGAAUGAACUUCUCUGUGGCAUGUAGCCACCGCUCUAGCUCAGAGAUAAUCUGCUGUACAACUCCUUCACUGAAAGCCUUCAAUCUCCAACCACCCUUUGUAACAAAAGUGUUCUUUAUUUUUGAUGGUGUCAGCUCUUUGUACUUUGAUUUUGAUUAUGUAAAUAAUCCUGUAUUUAAGCAUUUUGAAAAGCCGGUGUUCAUCUCAAGAGGCAACCAAAACAUUCUGGAAAUUAAGGGAAAUUAUAUUGAUUCAGAAGCUGUUAAAGGAGAGGUGCUAAAAGUUGGAAAUAAAAGCUGCGAAAACCUCCUCCUGCAGUCAGAAUCAAUUCUGUGUACGGUUCCCAGCGAUCUCCUGAAAUCCAACAGUGAGCUAAAUAUAGAGUGGAAGCAAGAAGUUUUGUCAACAGUUAUUGGAAAAGUGCUGAUCCGGCAAGAUCAGAAUUUCACAGGACUAAUUGCUGGAGUUGUUUCAACAUCAGUUUUAAUUUUCAUCUUUUUGGUGUUUUUCCUCUGGAGAAGGAAGAAGAAACAAAUUAAAGAUCUGGGAAGUGACCUAGUGCGCUAUGAUGGCAGAGUACACACUCCUCACCUGGACAGGCUGGUGAGCGCGAGGAGUGUAAGUCCAACAACAGAAAUGGUUUCAAGUGAAUCUGUAGACUACAGAUCAACUUUUCUAGAAGAUCAGUUUCCAAGCAUGUCUCAGAAUGGAUCGUGCAGACCUGCCCAGUAUCCUCACUCUGACCUCUCCCCAAUUCUGUCUAGUGGGGACUCCGAUUUAGCCAGUCCACUUCUCCAAACUAAUGUCCACAUUGACAUCAGUGCCUUAAAUCCUGACCUGGUCAAAGAAGUGCAGCAUGUGGUUAUUGGUGCUGACAGCCUGAUUGUGCACUUCAGUGAAGUAAUAGGAAGAGGACAUUUUGGGUGUGUGUACCAUGGGACAUUGCUGGAUAACGAUGGCAGGAAAAUUCAUUGUGCUGUGAAGUCACUGAAUAGGAUUACCGACCUGGAAGAAGUAGCUCAGUUUCUGAAAGAAGGAAUAAUCAUGAAAGAUUUCACUCAUCCCAAUGUUCUGUCACUCCUGGGAAUCUGCUUGCCCAAUGAAGGAUCCCCCUUAGUCGUUCUUCCAUACAUGAAACACGGAGAUCUUCGAAACUUCAUUAGGAAUGAGACUCAUAACCCAACAGUAAAAGAUUUAAUUGGAUUUGGCCUUCAGGUCGCAAAAGGGAUGAAGUACCUUGCAAGCAAAAAGUUUGUCCAUAGAGACUUGGCAGCAAGAAACUGUAUGUUGGAUGAAAAAUUCACUGUCAAGGUUGCUGAUUUUGGUCUUGCUAGAGAUGUCUAUGAUAAAGAAUACUACAGUGUGCACAAUAAAACAGGAGCGAAACUGCCAGUGAAAUGGAUGGCUUUAGAAAGUUUACAAACUCAGAAGUUCACAACAAAGUCAGAUGUGUGGUCCUUUGGUGUGUUGUUAUGGGAACUUAUGACAAGAGGGGCACCACCUUAUCCUGAUGUAAAUUCUUUUGAUAUAACUGUUUACUUAUUACAAGGAAGAAGGCUGCUACAACCUGAAUACUGCCCUGACCCACUGUAUGAAGUCAUGCUUAAGUGCUGGCAUCCAAAACCUGAGAUGCGUCCAGCAUUUUCUGAACUUGUUUCAAAAAUAUCAACAAUCUUCUCCACUUUUAUUGGGGAACACUACGUUCACGUCAAUGCUACUUAUGUCAACGUGAAGUGCAUUGCUCCCUAUCCUUCUCUUUUAUCAUCACAAGACAACACAGACAUGGAUGUUGACACAUGA